AUGGCAUUGUUCAAUUCCCCACGCAUUCCCCCUGGUACCAUGAACAAGUGGCCUGCCCCUGCCAUUUUCAACGCGACGUCCACUAGAGUACGAAGUCUCACCUUGAUCAACACGGGGGGCAUCAUUCACGAAGAUCCUAUCCACGCGAGUCCUUCGAUCGUGUUCCGAGCGAGCAACCCCGACCUGGUCCGCGCGCUCACGGUCAACCAGAACGAGGGGCCGAAUGGCGACACGUUGGAGCUCCAGUUCUCUAGUCGACAGGACGUUGCUGGCGACUACCUGUUAGAGAUAUACAUGCCGUCCAACUCGCUGCAGUACGUACAUGCUGGAGAUGGUGGCAGCACGGUUGUCGGGCCCAACACGCUCAUCGUGGAUUCGAGCCGCGACAUCGGGAUCAAAUCCUCCGGCUCCAGCACGAUCUUUGUCGAGAGCGACAACAUUGGGUCGAGUUCCUUCAUGGUGGAGACCGUCUCCACUGGCGACAUUCAAAUCAACGUGAACAACGUCCUGGCCGCUGACGUGAUUGACCUGUCAUCUCAAGGAAGUGGUGACAUCUUGCUUUUGGCUGGCAACACCGCCGCGACGAGCCUCGUCACAGUCGCAGAGGGAUCGGGCAGCGUUUUUGUGGGGGCAAACCCCACGACGACCGAUCCAGCGUCCACAUCCAUCACAGCGACCAACUUGAUCACCAAAGUGUUUGGCGAUGGCAACGUUGUGUACCUCAACGAUGGGACGUGCGAUUCGAGCUUUGUCGAAACCAGCGGCGCCGGCAGCGCGUUCAUGAGCUCGAUGCGAUGCCAUGACACGGGUGCGGUCCUCCUUGAAAAGGGCAACAUCUAUGCCACAGCGACCGACUCCUUCUCGAUCGAAGACCGCGGCACGGGCGAAGUGUACGCGCUUGUGGACGCCGCGACAAACGUAACCGGCACGUACUACCCAUUCCCCGACACGGUCCCCUCUCCAAGUUACACAGUCAUGGUCGUUCCGGACCGUACCCCGACAUCGAUUGAAAUCAAGGGUGCCGCCCCUGCGGACCUCGUCCAGUACACCCGGAAACCCCAGUCGACUGGUUCCAAGGCGCUGGGGAGCGGGUCCAUUGCCGCCAUCGUUCUCGCGCUUGUAGUCCUGAUUGCGUUUGCUGCCGUCGUCUUCGUUCGCCGACGGAUCAAGGCUCGCCAGCCACGUCAAGCCAAGGUCGAUUUUACCACGGAGGUCGAGUUUGUCUCGAUCGAAACGCCAGCUGCCGAAGUCGCCGAAGCCAAAGUGCUGUCGAUGCAAACGGCUUAACACCCCGUUCGAUGUCAUUUUCAUCGACAAUUGUUAGUGUGUCUAUCCCGGUUCAAUCUAUCUCGCUCCGCAUCGUUCGUCCAUCAUGGCUGUCAAAAAGGACUCUGCAGCACUGCUGUGCACCCCCUCGCGCACUUAAACCCACUGCACGUAUAAAUAAAGACUGUCGUUUGUGGCCGUGAAGCUCUAGUCACUCCGGG